AUGAGUGAAGAUCUAAGUGCUAACGAGCUAUUAAUUCAUUACAAGCCAUUUUGUUAUUUUUCCAAGCCAGUUUAUCUGUCGAAUAAUAUGAAUGAGUUGUUCAACAACCAGUUAAUCGAUAUCCAAAACGACUGGAACAAAUAUUCCAGAGAUCCAAAUGACGGGCUGUUUUUCUAUUCCAUUUUUCCAACUAUUUAUUCGAUAACUGCUUCAACAGUGGUGACAAUAUUUUUAAGCAUAAUAGUAUUUACCAAUUUCAAUUCCAAACCAAGUUUUUUGUUAAAGGUGGGAACAGUGUUAGCAUCAAUCAAUUUGACGUUACUAUUAAUUGUUUCAAUUAUAUUUCUUGAAAAGAAUCAUGAGGCUCUUAAUUCUAACAGCGGAGAUUUAUUCAUCGAUUUUCUAAGCAGUUAUAAGCCCUUUAAUAUCAUUGAUUUUUUGGCUAUAUUGAUUCUACAAUUUGUGCAGGUUCAAAUUAUCAUGCGAAUCUUUUCAAGGCAAAAGGAAAAAAGAUUUACAUUUUUCAUGGGAGGAAUACUAUCGAUUAUUUCUCAGGUAAUUUGGGCAGUAUCAACCUACAGUUCUAGCCAUGUGUUUGCUUUGUUGCCGGCGUUUGUUUAUUUACUACGAAUAUCGCUAUCGGUUAUUUUCUCGGUGUUGAUUGGGAUAUACUGUUUCAUGAAACGAAAAAUCAUCUUUCAAAAAAAAUUGAUCUUAAUCACAACGUUGACGUUUCUCACAAUCAACUUGGAGUUUGCAUUUUUCAUUGCAGAUGUGUCAAAUCUAUGGGUUAGUGAGCUCAGCGAAAUUUUCAACACUUGCUGUUAUGUGAUCAGCACAGUGUUGGUGUGGGAGUGGAUCAACCGGGUGCACCACAUGGAGAAAAUCAAGGAGAAGAGCGGUAUCUUGGGCCGGCCCUUCUACGAAGAAGAGGAGAUCAACAACAAUAACUACGACGACUACUACGACAACAACAAC